UUGCAAGAAGACUAGAAGACUUUACAAAAAGCAUCGACAUCUCUCUCUCUCUACUGCUUUCCCUCUCUGAUACUCUUCAACAAGUUUUGUUAGAUCUAAAUCUAAUCGACCCAAACAUGUUUCUUACCAGGACUGAGUAUGACCGUGGGGUGAACACAUUUUCUCCUGAGGGAAGAUUGUUCCAGGUGGAAUAUGCUAUUGAGGCCAUCAAGCUGGGUUCAACUGCAAUUGGGAUUAAGACGAAAGACGGUGUUGUGCUGGCUGUGGAGAAGCGUAUCACUUCACCACUGUUGGAACCCAGCAGUGUUGAAAAGAUUAUGGAAAUUGAUGAGCAUAUAGGAUGUGCUAUGAGUGGGUUGAUUGCUGAUGCACGUACACUUGUUGAACAUGCGCGAGUUGAGACUCAGAACCACAGAUUCUCAUAUGGUGAGCCAAUGACUGUAGAGUCUACAACACAAGCUCUCUGUGAUCUGGCCCUUCGAUUUGGUGAAGGAGAUGAAGAAUCCAUGUCUCGACCAUUUGGGGUAUCUCUUCUCAUUGCUGGUCAUGAUGAGAAUGGGCCUAGCUUGUACUAUACUGAUCCAUCUGGCACAUUUUGGCAAUGCAACGCAAAAGCUAUAGGUUCAGGUUCUGAAGGUGCGGACAGCUCUUUGCAAGAGCAAUACAACAAGGACCUAACUCUUCAAGAAGCUGAAACAAUUGCUCUGUCCAUUUUAAAGCAAGUAAUGGAAGAAAAGGUGACUCCCAACAACGUUGAUAUUGCUAGGGUAGCACAAACAUACCAUCUAUACACCCCUUCAGAGGUGGAAGCUGUCAUUACUCGCCUAUGAGAAUCUUCCCAUGCAACAACCGACUUCCCUGUCAUAACGAUGCAUGUUUGUUUCUGGGGAUUGAAGCUGUGAAACCUUAUUUUUGGUGUGGCACUAAACUCAUCUACUCUUCAGUUGGAUCAUUUGAUUACACCUGAUCAGCAAAGAACCUUCUGAACUUAAUUUGCAUUCUCAAAUUCUAGCACGCCGAUUCCCUAUUGCUUUUUUAAAGUCAUGGUUUGCCCUCUCAUUUUUAUGCAAUAACAAGAAUCCAAUAUUUUUAA